GUCGCGUUCUGCUUUCCGGGUGCGGGGUGUCCACCACCUCCCCGCGCGCGCGGACAGGCGGGCGCAGACCUGCGGGGGCGGGGGAUGCCGGGCUGCCGCAUUAGCGCCUGCGGCCCGGGGGCCCAGGAAGGGACCGCAGAACCCGGGUCCCCGCCGCCACCGCCCCGGGAGUCCCUGCCAUCCCCUCAGCUCCCGCCCCCAACUCCGACCUUGACCCCAGCCCCGCAGCAGCCCGAGGCGACCCAGGGGUCAGCAGCCGGCGCGGCCGAGGGGCAGGAGCUGCAGCGCUGGCGCCAGGGCGCUAGCGCGGGCGCGGGGGUCACCGGGCCGGCAGGGGGCGCGAGCGGCGGCCCGGGCGCGGCGGCGGGGCCGGGGGGUCGCGCGCUGGAGCUGGCCGAAGCGCGGCGGCGGCUGCUGGAGGUGGAGGGCCGCCGGCGCCUGGUGUCGGAGCUGGAGAGCCGGGUGCUGCAGCUGCACCGCGUCUUCCUGGCGGCGGAGCUGCGCCUGGCGCACCGCGCCGAGAGCCUGGGCCGCCUGAGCGGUGGCGUGGCCCAGGCCGAGCUCUACCUGGCGGCGCACGGGUCCCGCCUCAAGAAGGGCUCUCGCCGCGGCCGCCGGGGCCGCCCGCCCGCGCUGCUCGCCUCCGCGCUCGGCCUCGGAGGCUGCGUGCCCUGGGGCGCCGGGCGCCUGCGGCGCGGCCACGGCCCGGAGCCCGACUCGCCCUUUCGCCGCAGCCCGCCCCGCGGCCCCGCCUCCCCCCAGCGCUGACCCCAGCGCCUGGACCCCUGGCCACCCUGGACGGGACGUUCGCAUGGUGGAUGGAUGGACGGCGACACCUACGUGGAUGAACAGGUCGACCACAGGCGGAUACAGUCCGGGGGCCAGGGGCCCAGGAGAGAAGCAUGAGGUGCGGUCUUAGCGGCUGAUGGAAUCCCCAGAGAGGCUGAGGACUCCCGCAACUGUGCUGAGGCCACAGCCCGACUCCCAGCACCGAGAAGGAGUUUGGCACCUGCUUGCCCAGGGCCCCCCACCCCAGCUUGGCUCUAGGUUGGCUGGGUCGGGGCUGGAGCCAGGUUGGAGCCAGGCGAUGGCCUUCAGCGGGCCCCAAGCGGCAGCUCCUCCGAGCCUCCACGCUGUGGACGUGGACUCCUGGACUGCGCUCCUGCCCUGGGCACCUCCUUCAGGAAGACUUCCAGAACUGACUCUGCACAGGCUUGGCGCCCUCCUUGCAGGAGCCCUCCCUCCACAGUGGCCAGGGGCCAGGCUGCGGGGAGCUUGCCCGCACUGUGCCACCCUUCAUUUUGGCUUACACUGCAGGGAGGAGAUGUUGCCACAGGCCCCUGAGGUGCAGGCCGAUGAUUUCAGAGCACAGCAAGCAUUUCCAAGGGGAAACGAAAGGGAUUUCCUUUAAAGAUACAGCUGUCCUGAAGCUGCCACUGCCGGCUCCGGUCCCCAUGUUGGUGGACGUCACCGCCUUGGUGGACGUCACUGCUUUGGGGUCUCGUGGUGCCAGGAGGCCUGUAGGGGGGAAAUCUGGGGGGGUCUGAGCAAAGAGGGGUCCCUGGCCCUCCCCGUGAUGGGAGCACACCUGCGGCCCAGCGGUCAGCUGCUGGCUCCUGGUAGGGGCAGACUUAAACUCCUGUGUCAAGUGUUCAGUGAAGACAGAAACCCCUGCAUUGCAGUCUCCCGACAACGGUGGGAGAAGGGAGCUCGUUUCCUCCCAGCCCAGAACGUGUAGAACCCAGCAGCGCGUGAAUCAGAGCAGGAAGAAUAAACCUCGCCCCUGCGAGGCUGCUGUCCACGCAGCGCGUCCUUGGUGACUGUCACGGCUCUUUGAGCGGCCGGUUCCUUGAGCAGCUUCUGUGUGGUGUCAUUGGGCGACCUGGGCCUGGUGCCCGGUGUGCCCACGGUCCGCCCUCCCCGGGGCCAUCCUCCCUGUCACCGGAGGUGAUGAGGGGACCUGUGUGCGACUGUGUGACGUUGGCAGCAUGAUGGCGGGGUGGGGGGUGGGCGGGGCUGUAUGAGCCUGGGUUGGUCAGUGGCGGUCACUGCAGGAGACAGGGCACGUUCCAGCUGGGAAAUUUAGAAAGGGGCCUCAGCCCAAGGGGGUGGGCAGGGCUGGCAACAGUGGGAAGCCUGCGGGGACAAGGGCAGCAGCCAGGUGGGGAUCAACACGGAGUACACGCCCGGCUUCCUUCACCUUCCUGCUGGGGCCUGUCACUGUCGUCCCACAGGAAGCUGGGAACAAGGGAGCCAUUGAUGCCCUGUCCCUCGAUGGCAGCGACCCCAGGGCUCAGAGCAGAAGGGCAGAGAGGGGACCCGGAGGGGCCGGUGGGUCACGUCCCUGCCUGGCUGGAGGGUAGAGAAUGGGGCUUGCUUCCCUCCACCAGGGUCUGAGUCCCAGCUCCCAAUUCCUGCCUAUGCCAGCAUGUCCAAGGCUGCAGAACAAUGCCAGUCUCUGAGUCAGUGUUUGUCUCACUCCCAGAAAUACCGCGCCACUCCCAAACACACCCAGAGGCACGCGGUCGCCACCACGGGCCCCAGAUGGUCACCACAAGCUGCGGCCAGUGUCACAGGAGCGCUGAACGUGCCACGUAUGGGCACAGGGGACUGCUUUCUCAGCCAUCCACAUGUGCACAGGGAGAGGCUGACAGCAGUGGCUCCGGAGUCGGGCACACCUUGACUUCUCGGGCCUUGGUUUCCCUGUCUGUAAAAUGGGACUCACACUUGCUCUUGUCCCCUGGAGUCGGGAGGAUGAAAUGAGAGGUGAUUUGGGGGACUGGAUGAGCCUGCUCUCGAGACGGAAGCUCUUGCUCUGAACUCUUGGGCCCUGCACGGGCCAGCCAGACACCCCCCAGGCGCAAGUGUCCUUCCCCAGACACGCCUGGGAGAGCAUGAGUACCUUCAGACGAGUUCCCAGGCCGGAACACCUGCCCCGCACACCCACGUGGCUGGCUUCCUGCCGCCUUGAGGUCUUGGGCCAAUGGUGUCGUUUCCUCUUAACCUUGGUGAACCCCAGCACCUCCAGCCCCGUCUACACAGGCACCUACCCCUGGCUCACUCCAUCUGCAUCGUGGAUCUCCUGGGUCUGUAUGGCAUCUACCCCAUUAGAAUGUAAUCUUCAUCUUCUGUGGCCGUUUGUCCCCGAGAACACCACACGGCGAGCACUGCACAUGCACCAUGUGGGCUUCAAGGCCACGCCUCACCUGGACAGGCUGUGCCUGCCUACACUAUGAGCAUCCUCUCAUACCCAGGCUCAGAUGGCCAGAGCAGGGAGGCAACACAGCUGGGAUGUGGGUGGGGGGCCGGUGUGGGUCACCCGGUCGAGGAAGCGGUUCUGUUUGCCCCUCCAGCAGUGGAAGGGACCAGGUCACCCAGCAGGGACCCAAGGAGCAGGUGAGGUGGCUGGGCUCACCCUGAUACCCUGAGGACUCCUCUUGUUUUUUCCACCCUGGCUGCAACCAUCAAAGCCGCCACUUCAGAGGCCCCUAAUGAGGCUGACUGUGUUAAGGGCUUUGCAAUCCCUGGAUCAAAGAGGGAGGGCAGCGUCCAGGGCACCUCCUGAUGCCCCGAGGGAACUGCUCCUGGCACGGCCCCAGCUGGGUCUGCAGAGACCCUGCCCCUUCAGGGGAGCUGCUGGGGGCAAGUCAGCACACCCAGCAGCACUUGUGGAGGGGGACUGGGGACUGAGGGAAGCCCCCCCAGGGAGGAGGCUCUACCUGGACUCUGGGGGACCCUGAGAUCCCGCAUCUCUGCUGCUGUCUCUUGGAGAAUUUUUUUUCCAUUUUACUUGAAAGGCAGAAUGCAAGAUCUGUUUGCUGGUUCACUCCCCAGUUGUUUACUACAGCCAGGGCUGACUCAAGCCAAAGCCCAGAGCCUGGAACUCCAUGUGGGUCUCCCACGGGGGUGGAAGGGGUCCUAGUACUUGAGCUUUCACUGCAACCUCCCAGGAUCACCUUAGCAAGAAGCUGGAUCAUGGCAGAGGAGCUAGGACUUGAAUAGGGCGCUGCCAACGUGGGACAUGGGCAGCCCAAGUGGCGAGUUCACGGCUCAGACGACACCUGCCCCAUUCGCUGCUGUUUCUGGAGGGGCCUCCAGUGCAGAUGCGCUCACUUGUUCCCUAGGAAGAGAUGGGCUGACCAGGGUCUGAGUCAAUGACUAGGCAGUGGAGUGGCUGGCCAGGUCGGGGGCUCUUAGGAGUCAGGGCAGAAAUCACUACAACACUCACUAUUCAGCGAGAGGCACUUGCAGGUCAGACGCGGACAUCAACUCCCAGAAUACAGUUGUCAUCUGGGGCAGGUACUUAGGGGAGGAGGGGCGACCCCCAGCCACAGCCCAGGCCUCCAACAACUCGGUCCCUCCAGUGCUCCCUCCCACAAUACAAGCCAGGCUCAGACCGGGGGAGGCAGCUGCAGCCCCAGGAGGCGUGGAUGGUCCUUCCUUUCCUGGGAGAAGGCAUGGUGCAGGCUCAGUGCAGGCAAUCUUUAUUGGCACGUGCUGGGAGUGCAAAACAACAAACCCGGAGG